UCCAAUUUAAUGUUUUGACAGUUCUAACCUAAAACUAGAGAAUUCUGAUCAUGAUAUCAUUUCUCUGACAAAAAAACAUAAAAUGUAAUUAUCCCACUUAAUUAUACAAAGAAAUUUCUAUACAACCAACAAUCAAAAUGUCUACUUGUGAGCUGAAUCAAAUAUUCCUCGGAGAAGUCGCUUCGGUACAAAAUUAUGGAGCAUUUAUUCGCAUACCAGGUUGCGCACAACAAGGACUAAUUCAUCGAACUCAGAUAAGCACCUCUCACGUCGACGAUGUCGGAGAUAUUUUACAAAAAGGCGAGCGCGUCUGGUGUAAAAUAAUAACACUCGGAGAAAAUGGAAAAAUUGGAUUAUCAAUGAAACAUGUGAAUCAAGGAAAUGGCAAGGACCUCGAUCCAAAUGGCGUUAAACAACAAAUGGAGGAGCAAAGAAAAAAAACAAUUGUACCAAGAGAGAGAAAAGCAAUUCAACUAGAGGCUGUUUUAAACACAACAUGCUCGAAAUGUGGAACAAUUGGACAUUUCGCUAAAGACUGUUUUAUGUCACCCGAUGGUAAAAAAUACGAAUUAAUACCGGAAAUACAAGACGAGGUGGUGACAGCAUUACCUGAAAUUAAAACCCCAUCGGAAAAAGUUCAUAAAGCAAAGAAGACGAAGAAAAAAAAGAAGAAGUCAUCGUCACACAAAUAUUCUACAGAUUCAGAUAGUGAUAGUAAUAAGAAAAAGAAGAAGAAACAUUCAAAGGAUCAUAAACGAAAGAAAAAACGUGUAACAAGUUCAAGUUCAAGUGAUUCAGACAGUGGGAAUUUUAAGCCAAAGAAGAGAAAAUCAAGUUCCGGCGAAACAUCGGAGAGACAUUCGAAAAAAUGUAAACGAUCUAAAUCUAAAUAUUCCGACUGAAUUCUACUCGAUUAUUAUGUACACAACUUUUGAUACAAUAAAUGUUUAAAUUUAAAUUAAA